AUGUAUGAAGAUGAUAAUAUUAUUUCUACACCAAAACGAUGCGUGCUUACCGAAGUAACAAAUUCAUCGAACUAUGUUUCUCCGACUGCGAACUUAAAGUUAUUGACCAAUGUGGCUCUGCAAUAUCCCACGCCGCCGCCCAGUACUGUUCACCGCAAGGAAAAGUCGCUUCAAAUAUUAUGUGACAAGUUCUUAGAUCUCUAUCCGCUUUAUGGAAAUGGUCCAGUAGAACUCCAAUUAGACGGUACCGCAGCACGGUUAGGGGUGGAAAAACGGCGAAUGUAUGACAUUAUUAAUAUAUUGGAAGCAAUGCAAUGUGCUGUGCACAAGAGGAAGAAUACAUAUCUUUGGCAUGGUGCAGCUAGGUUAAAUUCAUUCUUGAAGAUGUUAAAAAAGCAAGGAGAACACUUAAGACUGUCUGAGGUACUACGGGGGAAGGCACCCAAGCCAGCAGCUCCUAAGCAUAAGACUCUUGGAGUUUUAGCUCAAAGAUUUCUUAUGCUCUUCUUAGUAGAGCCGCCUAACAGACUGAUUAAUUUAGAAAUGGCAGUAAGUGUUCUUAUUGACACUAACACUAAAAACAAAUCUGCCUUAUCACCAGAGCAAAUGGAUCGUCAGCAUAAAUCAAAAGUAAGAAGACUUUAUGAUAUUGCCAAUGUACUUAUUUCGAUAGGUCUCAUAGAAAAGGUAUAUGGCAAUUCAAUAUUAAAGAAACCAGUGUUUCGAUAUGUGGGAAUUAAGAUGAAGAAGUUAGGAAAAGACCUGUUUACAUUAACCCCAAUUACUCCUAUAACAACAUUUAACAGUUCACAACAACUAAGUCCAUGUCAAGUAUUUGCGGGAAAAUCUAAGAGGAAAUUAGAAUUCACCACACCGACAACUAACAUUGAAAAACUUGGAAUCACCACCCCACCACAUACACCUUCCCAUAAGUGGGAUGAAAUUUUACUUGUUGCCGACAUGGAACUGAAUAGAAUUAAUAAUGGAACUGCUUUGUAA